AUGAGAGGUCUUCCAAAACGUGGAAGAACCUACAAUUUGGAUACGCAGUUCUUUAACAAUAACCCUCAAGUGCAAUUGUUACAGUUACGCUGGCAUCCAGGCACUCAUACGGACUCGAUUCUGGUGCUUCUGUUCUCGGACAACACUUUGCGCGUUUACGAUAAUGACCGCUUACGUUACAUUUGGAGAGUUGGUCCCGAAAUAAUGAGAAAUGAAUCCAAUAAAUCGGCUUCCAUGUUGAAUGCUGCCAUGGGUGAAACAGUAAUUGACUUUGACAUUGGACCAGCGAUAGAAACUGGAGUUACAUUUUCUUCGUCCUCUUCUUCUUUUCUACAAGAUGACGAAAAUGAACUUUCGUUGAAGAUAAGCAAUUUAAGCAUGAACGCGUCAAAGUCCGAUACGAAAAUUCAAACAGUUCCGAAAAUACAAUGGCCCAUCAUAAUUUUACGUGAAAAUGGCAAUAUCUAUAUUAUGAAAGCUGGUAUUAAUACAAUAAAACCACGUCUACAAGGUCCAAUUACUAUGCUCCCUCAGGAAAUUGGAAAUUAUGGCACUGAUUCUUGCUCUAUUUUAUGUAUUCCAUCUGUUCCACUUACCAUAGUUAUUGCUGAGAGUAAUGGUACUUUGCAUCACGCUGUGUUAUUGGAAGAUGAUGAAUUGGAGGAAUCUUUUAACGAAGUUGAUGCUACUUUAAAUGUAGAACCUACAAAAUGGUAUCUACAUGUUUUAGAGACCGUCACUUUAGAGUUGGGUUUACCAAGUGAAGAGAUUAACAUCACUGAAGAACACCAGUGUCCAAUAUUCUUAAAAAGAGAUUCCUGGAAUAGUCGUCGUUAUUUUGCUUAUCACAUGGCUGGCUUACACAUUAUUGACAUAAAUUGCACAGAAGAAAUUAAACGUUUCUUGCAGUCCGAAGAUGAGGUUGAAUCUGAUAUUGGUACCCUCCAAGAUUCCGAUGUCUUAUAUGUGGUGUGCACUACAGUAGAAACUAAUAAAAAGCAAAAUCCAAUUUUGGGCUUUGUUACUUUUGAGAUGCCUUUAGGAGUGGCACUAUUAUUAGGCAGUAGUCAAGUGAUAAGUUUGAAAUUACUUCUAUCAAACGAGCUAGUGCCCGUACCAUUAAAAGACACUAAAAAUGAUAAUGAAAAAAAAGAUGUGCCAUUGAAAUCAAAGUUUAAUGAAAUGCUCGAAACUUCAUUUGAGGAACACAUGUCAAAAAUUUUACAGCGUACUGUAACGCAACCUAUACUGUCGUCAAAAGAUACUGAUGAUCUAAGUUCAUUCGAUUUAUACGAAUUAUUUGCACAAUCAAAGGAAGUGCUUAAAACUGAAUAUAUAAAAAAAUUUGAAGUGGCUCGCUUCGAAAUCUUAAAACGUGUUAAAAUUUUGAAAUUGCGUAAAGAACUGGAACGUGAAGAGAUUGAAAAUCUGUUAAGAGAACGUGAAGCUAUAAGGGAUAAAGCUCAUCGCUUGUCGGAACGUUUUGAAGAAAUUAAUGAAGCCCAAGAAGAUAUCUCUAAAAAACUUCGAGACUUGAUAAAACGAUGCUAUUCAGAUUUACCUGUGAGCACGCUAACAAAUUCCGAUUUUAAAUCACAAGUGGAAAAGAUUCGCGAUCAAGUAAAUGUCUUAAAUGAACGUUUACAAAAAGCACGUAAUAUUUACAAUAAACAGAAUUAUCAUAUAUCUAAACAUAUGGAGAGUAAAGAUUACAAAGGUAUUCAACCAUUGCCCGAUUGCAAACUGGACACCAUAAAGGAAGUGAUAACAGAUCUUGCCAAGGAUGUUGAAUACGAAAUUGGAGAAACAAAGUCAAUGACUGGUGAUUUAGAAGAAUGGAAAAGCGAAUUGAUAAAUGUUGAACAAACUACGUGAAUAUGAACACCAAUUG